AUACACACUUUUGUUGGCAGGGUGAUGUCUCUGCUUUUUAGUAUGCUGUCUAGAUUUGCCAUAGCUUUCCUCCCCAGGAGCAAGCGUCUUUUAAUUUCUUGGCUGCAGUCUUCUACCAAAUCUGAGCUUUCAAACUCUAUGUCGCUUUGCACAUUGUUAAAGAACUGACACAAUGUGUGUUUUGCUGCAGUGGAGUUCUUCCACUUUAAAUCUCUCCCUUCUUGGCAAGCAGUCUCUGUGUUAAACUUAACGUCUUGGAGGCUCAUGGCACAAUACAGCUGUUUAAAUAGCAAUGUAAACAUUGAAUUAAUGGAUGCUCUACUGUAGGCGUCUCUGGCUUUCAGAUGUUGCUGAAUUUUCACUUUUCAGCUCUUUAGGCAGCCUGAGCAAUGGUGAGGGAUCUUGGGAAUUAUAUUCCGGGAACAUCUGGAAAGCCACGGCGUGGUUUUUCUCUGCACAGUUAGAAAUAGCAAAGGGCCACCAUCGGGAAUUAGAAACGGUUUAACUCAGGAAAACCCAAAGAGCGAUGCUACCACAAUGCGGAAAGGAAUAAUCUAAUUAAUUGGGUAAAUGUUGUUGCUGAAAAAGAAGGGUAAACAGUUAAUUAAAAUAACAGUUGUCGGAAGAAAUUGGGUAACAGCUAAAUGAGCUUUUGCUACCAAGCUAGAAUGAAAUAGGAUUUUGCUGGUAGUGUUGAGUAUUUCUGGAUUUUUUUUAUGGAAGAGGUUUUGCUAUUUUAAGCGUUGUGUGGGGCUCCCGUAUACAUUCGGAUUCUUGCUGUUGCGGGAAGGCAGUGCCUGAAAAGUUCUGAAUAGUUUCAAUAUAGAAAAUAGCACGAAACUCCUAUGGAUCACUAAUGUAGAUUUUUACUAUGGGGAGCUGCACUGGAUGACAGUUAGCUUCCAGGUGCAAUCAAACCAGCUCUUUGCCACCAGUAAUCUUACUCAGUUCUUGGACAUCCUGAGAUGCCUUCUCUGGAUUGAAUCUGCAUGUCUGACAAAAACUGGACAAGGGUCUUGUGAAGGGUCUCCACACUAAAAGAACACUAUCUACAGUGAUCACCUAACUGCAUUUUCUUGGUGAUGGUCUCUUCAGUGGAAUAGCUUUCCCCCCGGACACCUCGAUUGCCCCUUUUUGGCUGGGCUUCCAAAGAGUUGGGAAGACAGCUGUUCAGGAAAGUAUUUGGGACAAUAUAGAAUAGAAUAACAGAGUUGGAAGGGACCUUGGAAGCCAUCUAGUCCAACCCCCUGCUCAGGCAGGAAACCCUAUAUCAUUUCAAACAAAUGGUUGUCCAGUCUCUUCUUAAAAAUGUCCAAUGUUGGAGCAUUCAUCACUUCUAUAAAUAUAAACCACUCUGCUGCUGUUGGGUAGCACUGCCAAUGGAUAUUGCCACUAUAAUUAUGGUGUUUAUUGUUUUUAACCCAUAUUAUUACUUCAAUGCUACUCAGCAACUUUGCGAAUUGAAUGGCUUAGAGUCUAUAGAAGGUUCUUACAAAAAUAAAGUAAAAUAAUGAACUCAGACAAGGAAAAGGUGCAUCUAUCAGUGGAAUAAAAAGCAUUAUUUUGGUUUUUAAGUUGGGGCCUGAUGAUGUCUAAAGCCAGCACAGGUUUACUGGAUCUCUUUUAGUUAGCUAGCCACACACAAACAUGCACGCACGCACACACACACGCAUGCACACGCUGCCAGCCACGUACAGAACCAGCUCAUUGUUAAUGGACAAUAGGAGUGUUUAGUUCCAGCAGCAGAAGGAGAUGAGAGAGAACAGCAAAUUGCACUGGGCUACAUCAAGGCUGGCUAUGCAGUGCCAUGCCUGGAUCCUGGCUAAUGGGUUGGCUUUGGCUGGUUGCAACCGUGGUGAGCUUGUCCUGUUAUCCAGCAUUCCUGGAGGCAGCUCCUGAGUUUUCAGGGUAUCUGAGGAAGGUUUUGAAGAACCACACAAUCCAUGCCUGUGAUGGGGAGCAACUAACAAUACUUUGCCCCCACAAGACCUCCAUUGCCGUACUUUCUGCUUUUUAUGGACGAAGGGUACCCAGCCCAAACCUCUGUCCAGCCUCAGGAGAAAUCUCUUGGGAGGACGUUGAUUGCUCAUCUGCAACAGCCCAUCAGAAAAUGAUGGAUGAGUGCCAGGACCACCGAUGGUGCCAUUUCCUUGUCCACAGCCGAGUGUUCGGGCCUGAUCCGUGCCCAGGAACACACAAAUACUUGGUGGUUUCCUACAAAUGCAGACCUGCCAAUUUUCGUCUCAAGACUGUAUGUGAAAAUGACAAGAUGAGGCUACAGUGUCGGAGUAACUCAGUUCUAGCUAUUUAUUCUUCGGUCUAUGGACGACCUUUGCGAGGAAAGUUGGAGUGUAAUUCUAUGAACGGGACAGAGCCUGAAAUAGAAUGCACAGCUCCGGAUGCCUUGAGAAGAGUUUCCCAGAGGUGCCACAAGAAGAGGAAUUGCACCAUUGUUGCUAACACGGCUACAUUUGGAGAUCCGUGUUUCCCAGGGGUGAAGAAACAAUUGAGAGUGUCCUACACUUGUGUGCCAAGGCAGUUGCUAGAAGAGGCGACACGUGAAUCACAGGAAGAUCCCUUCUCAAUCUCAGAUUACACCCACGGUGGCUGGUACACCGGGCCGAGGCUGUCCAAGCAGUUCCAAGAAAAUCUGAUGAUAUUUACUAACUCUCUGGAAACAAUAGCCCAUAUUUGGGGUGUUCCUGAAAAGGUGGGCUUUUAUUUCCUAUGUGGGGUAUCUGGAGGGUUGGUGCUUCUCCUCCUCUUCUUUGCCCCCAAGACAACCUUCUUGCGUGACCUCAAGGAGGCCUUCAAAAAGGCAGAUGUGACUGACUCCUUGCAGCUGGAGACAACCAAGUUGCAGGAUGACCAAGAUGAAGAAAAUCGGGAGGAAAGCUCUUCAGAGUCCUCUUUCGGCCAUCUUACCUCCAAUUACCGGAACACCAACAUCUUUGGGUCGGAACUGACUGCGGCCUUGGAGGGGGCAGCUGAUGAAAGAGGCCACAUGGGAGACGAGAUUUGGAUCCCCAAGGAAUCCAGCCCAUAUGCCAUCCACAAAAUUAAGUCAGCCACCAAAUGAAAAGAACCAACCUUGGAAGAUGGGCAGAGUGAGCUGCACUGAGUGAAUACAGGUAGACCUUGACAUAAUUAGGAUCACCAAUUGGGACCAGAAUAACCGCAGUCAAGGGAAUCAUGGUCAUUAAGGAAAUCUGGCUUCCUCCAUUGACUUUGUUUGUGGGAAGAUUGCAAAGAGUGAUCACAUGACCCCCGGGAUUCUGCAACCCUUGUAAAUAUAUGCCUACUCCCAAGUUCCUGAAUUUUGACCCUGUGACCGAAGGGAUGCUGCAAUGGUUAUACAUACCUGUUGUACGUCUCUUUUUUCAGUGCUGUUGUAACUUUGAACCGUCACUAUACAAAUGGUUGUAAGUAUGUGAACUUCAGAGCUUGUGAGGAUGGAUGACAGUUUGUUACACCACCCAUCUUAAAAGGAUUUGCAGGGGGGGAGGAGAUACAGUGAGCACAGGUAGAUUCCCUGCAGACCCAGGGACAGUUCCUUUUGGCCAUGAUUACUGAAAAUGAUGCUAAUAAUGUAACAAUAUAUUUUCAAUAUAAUUUUCAAUUUACGGGGGAAUGCACUGGAAAAAGCAAUGAUGUUUGGAAAAAGUUAGCAAUAAAAGGACACCUGGCCACCAAAGAACAUGGUGGCUGGACACUAUCAAAACUGACACUAGCCAGAGCAUAGAAUAACUCAAGGAAACAGUACAGAUCAGAAGACAUGGAGAGAUCUGGCCCAUAGAAUUGCCAAGAAGCAAGAAUAGCAUACGCACAGUUCUGGAAAAAUGAGAAUAUACGAUCAGAGGAAGAAGUGAUAAGAAAAAUCCUGGACUGUGCUGAGAUGGACAAAUUAACAAAA